CUCAUCAGAUCUCGAAAAUGCAAUCCUUUUUCCUUUUGAGAUCCUCGAAUUCUCAUUUCUGUCGGUGAAGACACAGAAUUUCCAGAGCGAAAUCUCUCUCUCUUUUUUUUUUUGGAACCCUAAUUUUCCCAAUUUUCUCCUUGGAAGAUUGGUGAAUGGAGGUGGUCUCGCUCCCAGAUCUCUACUAGGUUGUCGAUCUGACGGUUGAGAUGGACAGUUUCAGCGCGGAAGAUCUGCCGAAGAUUGGAGGGAUCGCGACUGUCUCCCUCUUGCAUUCGUUCAUCCCUACGCAUUGGCUUCCGUUCUCGAUUGUCGGUCGAGCGCAGAAAUGGACGCUUUCCAGGACUCUCUUCGUCACUGCAUGUGGAGCCAUUCUGCAUGUGAUGUCAACAUCGCUUCUUGGCAUAACCGCAAUUACCAUGGCGAACAGCAUUGCCGGCGAGGAUAUGGUCCAUAAACUUGCUUCCCUUUUGCUUGUAGUUCUUGGAGGAAGUUACAUUCUGUUGUUUAUGCUGGGAAAGGGUGGUCACAGUCACUCUCACAACCAUCCCAUGGAGAAGAUGGCCGUUGCGGGGCUUGUUCUUGUGCCGGCAUUGUCCCCCUGUGCAACCACACUUCCGGUGUUCCUCGCUGUCGGCAACUCAUCCUCCAUGAUGGUGCUUGCAAUCAUAGUGCUGCUUUUUAGCACUGUAAUUGUGAUGACUUCGCUGGUAGCUCUCUCGUUUUAUGGUGCCAGCCAGCUCAAGUUCCAUUGGGUGGAGCGCUACGACAAGCUUCUUGUUGGCACAGUGCUGUGCCUGGUCGGGAUCUUGACACUCCUUUUCCAUGACCAUGAAGGACAUGGCCAUUCCAUGGGAGAGAAGUUGCAUAGAAGGCUCAUUGGCCUGUGAGGAUUAAGGUUGGGGAAUGGUGAUGCUAUCUGAUGUUUGGCCUUUACUCCUAUGCAUUCAUUUUUAUGCAGCAAAUUCAUAUUUCAAAGAAUGUUUUCAGUUAGAUCAAAGAUCAGGGCCACCAGACCGUUGUCAAGAGGAGGAUGCUUCAGGAAAUGAAGCCUGUCCAUCAGCCGGCCAUUCAUGUGGACAAAGGGACGUGAAAGAAGGUAACCAUUUACAGGUGGGGGACACUGGUUAAUGAGUGGGAUUUUAUGUAACCGAAGGUAAAAUCUUGCACGCAUGAUCAUUUGGAGAUGUGGGAUGAUUUGCACAUGUGCUGUUCAGUGCAAGGAAUCAUGAUUUCUUGGAAUAUCGUGUGAUUAACAAGUAUUUGUGUAAUAGCUUUUUCACCUUGA